UCGACGUCCUCAACCGCCAUCCCCCUCCCUCUCUUCUCCUCCGCCCUCUCCGCGACCCCCACCAUGGAGUAAAGGCUCCCGGCAGGCCGGCUGGGGGGGCCCCGCCGCGCCCCGAUGGCUCUGGUGACGGUGCAGCGCUCGCCUACCCCCAGCGCCACCUCCAGCCCCUGCGCCUCGGAGGCGGACAGUGGGGAAGAUGAGUGCCGGUUCCAGCCCAGAAGCAUCAGUGAAAGCUUCCUUACGGUGAAAGGUGCAGCCCUCUUCCUGCCACGUGGAAAUGGCUCCUCAGCUCCCCGGAUCAGCCACCGGCGUAACAAGCAUGCAGGGGACCUUCAGCAGCACCUACAAGCCAUGUUCAUGCUUCUCCGACCAGAAGAUAACAUCCGGCUGGCUGUAAGACUGGAAAGCACGUACCAGAACCGCACACGAUAUAUGGUGGUGGUCUCGACCAACGGUCGGCAAGACACGGAGGAAAGCAUCGUUCUUGGAAUGGAUUUUUCGUCCAAUGACAGCAGCGUGUGUACAAUGGGACUGGUCCUGCCACUCUGGAGUGAUGCCCUCAUUCAUUUGGAUGGCGAUGGGGGCUUCAGCGUCUCGACGGACAACAGAGUGCACAUCUUCAAGCCAGUGUCAGUGCAAGCCAUGUGGUCUGCCCUGCAAAGCCUCCACAAAGCAUGCGAAGUGGCCCGGAUUCAUAACUACUACCCUGGGAGCCUUUUUCUCACUUGGGUCAGUUACUAUGAGAGCCACAUCAACUCCGACCAGUCCUCGGUCAACGAGUGGAAUGCCAUGCAAGAUGUCCAGUCCCACCGGCCGGACUCCCCUGCUCUCUUCACAGAUGUCCCGACAGAGCGAGAACGCACUGAGCGUUUGAUAAAGACCAAACUGAGGGAGAUUAUGAUGCAGAAGGACUUGGAAAACAUCACAUCCAAAGAGAUCCGAACGGAACUAGAGAUGCAGAUGGCGUGCAAUCUCCGGGAGUUCAAGGAAUUCAUCGAUAACGAGAUGAUCGUCAUCCUUGGCCAGAUGGACAGUCCCACACAGAUCUUUGAUCAUGUUUUUUUGGGGUCAGAGUGGAACGCCUCCAAUCUGGAAGACCUGCAGAACCGAGGGGUGCGGUACAUUUUGAAUGUCACUCGAGAAAUCGAUAAUUUCUUCCCAGGGAUUUUCGAAUACCACAACAUCCGUGUUUAUGACGAAGAGGCAACAGAUCUGCUAGCUUACUGGAAUGACACAUACAAAUUCAUCUCCAAAGCAAAGAAGAAUGGCUCCAAGUGCUUGGUCCACUGCAAGAUGGGAGUCAGCCGGUCAGCCUCCACCGUGAUCGCAUAUGCAAUGAAGGAGUACGGCUGGAACCUGGAUCGGGCCUAUGAGUAUGUGAAGGAGCGGCGCACAGUCACCAAGCCUAACCCCAGCUUCAUGCGGCAGCUAGAGGAAUACCAGGGGAUCCUUCUGGCCAGCAAGCAGCGACAUAACAAGCUGUGGCGGUCACACUCCGACAGCGAUCUCUCCGACCAUCAUGAGCCUAUUGGCAAGUCCGGGAUGGAGGUCAGCAAAAAGGAGAUCACCACAUCAGCAGACCAGAUCUCAGAGAACAAGACCCCCAACAGUCACCACCCAUCAGCCUGUCCAGGAGUGCCCUCUAGUCCACCUGUGGAGUGCCUAUGCCAUCCAGGCACCAACUCCAUCGAGGACCUCUGCGGCAAGGAGAGGGUGAUCCAACUGGAAAUCACUUCCCGAGACUUCAACACUGAGCAGAUGGAGGACAAGUUGAACUUGAACAGCAUCAACGGGUGCUCUUCUGGGUGCUGCUUAGACGAUUCAAAGUUCCCUCUGGACAACUGCCGAGCUUCCGAUGCCAUGCUGCAGCAGGAAGAGGCCUUCAAAAUGGAUGCCGAGUUUCCAGACUUGGCAGUGGAUGACUUGGAGAAAGACGCCCUUAAGCAAAGCGACGGGAGCGUCCACUUGGUACCCAUGGAAGAACUGGAGUCUUGCAUGCAAGACCUCUCGAAGUCGCCCAGCCACAAUUCCCCAAGCCCUUCAUUCCCACCCCAACCCGAGAGUACAGAUUUCAGCACAGACCGAAUCGACUUCUUCAGCGCCUUGGAGAAGUUUGUGGAACUUUCUCAGGAGGGCAGGUCACGGGCCUUCUCCCACUCAAGGACAGAAGACCAGGGAGGUGGGAGGAAUGGCCUUGCCAAAGUCUCGGCACUGGAGUUGUUGCCCUCUGAUCCAGUGGGAGAUGCUCCACGAAACAAUUCGAUAGGCAACUCCCCGCAGGCCUCAGAAGCAUCUUCAGCGGAAGAAGAACAUCUGAAGUUCUCUGAACCAAACCAUUCGAGUGGCCUGACGCGUUCUCACUCGGAAAAUGCCAUCUCAGUGAAGGAAAUAGUCACGGAAAUCGAAUCAAUCCACCAGGGCGUGGGCCAGGGAUCCGUGAAAACUGACAGCAUGAACCAUCAAGUUCCAGCCUCCAAGAGGAACACGGUCCACGAGCUGCCGGCAGAAUCAGAUUGGGCCUGGGACAAUAAACCUGGGAAAGCUGAGCACGGAGAAGGAGGCAGCUUGCUGCAGAAGGAGGCAGCCAGAGAGCCUUUGAAACUGGAGCAAGAAAGUACAUCAGUCCCGCAGAUGCCUUGCGCUAAGCUGGAAGAGAGUGACAACUUGACAGGAGACUCGCUAGAGGGUCGUCUGAAUCCUGGGCCCAAGUGGUGCCCGGGCUCUGUGCGGCGUGCCACCCUGGAGUUUGAGGAGCGGCUCCGGCAGGAACAGGAACUCCAACACGCCUCCCCUGUUGCGCCAUUACCCAUCCGCAAGAACUCCAAGAACGAAUCAGCAGCGGCUGAUGCUUCCUUGAAGGGCAAGGAUGAAGAACCGUCUCACGAGCUGGCCCAGACCUCCAGGGAUAAAGAGGCUGCAAGAGUUGGGUACACCAAGAAUGAGACGGGUUCCGAACAGCCCACUGCGCUGUCUGUCUCUCCCCCUCAGGAUGACCUGUUGGAGAGCUCUCAUGCAGAGGUCUCAGGGUUGGCCAAAGAGCACAGAACAGUGAUUUCAAUGGAAGGCCACGAAAAGAUCCCUGCUCCUUGCCUCCUCCCAAAGAGAAUUGAGAUUAUCGAGUACACCCAUGUGGCCAGGUUGCCUAGUCUCUCUGGGGCAGAUUUCCCAGCAACAGAGCGGAGCCAUGAAUCUGAGGUGCCAGAAAAAGCCCAGGUGAUAGCUGCAGCAUCCAUGGUUGAUGAGAACUGCAAUGCACCAUUAUGCUCUGAAAAUCUUCUUGACCCGUUAUUGAGGCCUUCAGUACUGGAGCACAGGGACUUCAAGAAAGCUGUCUUCUCCUUGGGGAGUCCUGAGGAGGAGGACUUUGGGGCAUUGAUAGACCCGGAAGCUUCGCUGUUAGUGAGUCAGGUGAGCUGCCCGCCCCCACUGCACUCGGAUUGCCUUGCUCACCAGCACUUUGUUUGCUUAAAGGGGGUCACGCAGGACAGCACAAGCUCAGACCCAGAGCCUGCCCCUUCGCAGGGCUAUGCUGGGAACGGACAGUUUGCAUUUGAGGAGCGAGGGAGCACUUUUCGCCGAAGGAGCGAGGGGGCCCUAGCACAGUGGAGCCUGGGGGACUUAAACAUGCCCUGUCAGCUAGACCCAUCUGCUGGGGUGGCUCCAGAAACCCCGGCUGCCUCCUCUCUUUGCUGCAGCCUCCCCCACAGCUCCAGCAGUGACAGCAUGCAAGACUUGAGCAGCAGCCCUUGCUCAGUGAAACAACGCGCAAAGGAAAUGGAGGCCCGGAUCCGGCAAGCAGGCCUCACCACGCCUUCCCACAUGAAACGAUCGGCGUCCUUAGCCAAGCUCGGUUGCCUGGAUCUGCUAAAGGACGACUUGUCCUGUAGAGACACUCUUUCUUCCUGCGCCAGCCCAGCCUCCCUCGACCCGCUUCCUGCCAUCUGUGGCCAGAGAGGGCAUGCAGAUGCUUUGAAGCACAGAGCGCAAGGCCUGGAUGUGACACUUUUGCCCCCGGUCCUCCAGGCCCCCCAGCUAACAGUGCAUUUUGUGGAGCCACUCAAGAUGACAGAAAGCAUCGCCCUCAGCAAACCAGUGGAGAGGCCGCCGGCACAGUAUGCCAAAGAGUUCAGUCUGACUCCGCCGCUCUCAGAAGUGAAAUUGACUAACCCCCAAACGGCUGGGUUGCCGGGUUUGCCGGUGCCCCUAAGGCUCGCUGUGGUGCCCAGGUACCAACACGGUAGAACUCGACUGCCGAGGAGACUGAAAAAAGCAAAUGACCGGAAACGUACAACCAAUCCCUUGUAUAAUACCAUGUGAUCUUUGGUCACCCCCCCUUGCCCCCUCCCUUAAAAAAAAAAAAAGAAAUCCUUGACAUUUUUUGCAAAACCAUUAUUGUGUUCUUCAGAUGGGGCAGAUGUAAUAUAUAUUGAAACAUGCACUUUAUUGGUUAAUUUUAUAUACGUUUGUCAUUUUUACUGUUCCUGUUGCAUGUAGGUUUCAAGGUGGCUGGUUUCUUGGUUCUCCCCCGUAUGAGUGACUGCAAAGUUGCAGUUUUAUUAUUUUCAUAUAAAAAUAUUUUAACUAAUAAACCUCAACAUUUUUUUUGGCUUUGUUUUAACAGAACACCCUCCUUUUAAGAAGGGGUGGGGGGGGGGGAGGAAUUAGAAUGCCUGUUUUUCAUUCAACCAAAGUUGUUUUUUAAGAGUUCUUAAGAGCUGAGCACUCUCAAGACUUGGACAAGAAUGAGUGCAGGUGGCCAGAUUGCAUCCAGGUGAGCGCGGGGCCAGCUUGUGGAAUCCUUGUUCUUUCUGUGGCCCUACAACAGACCAUUUCUCAUCUGCUUAGCUCACUAGCUGGUGCUUAGCAAAAUCUGUACAGGCGCGAACGCUGCUUUGCUUUAUGGGCCAUCUGCACAGACGGUUGCCAGAGAGUUCCAGCCCCUUGAGUGCCUGUUGGAAAUCAGAGGGUGUGUGCCAAAUUCUUCCUAUUCUACAGAAUACACUUUGCUCUGGCCGGGAAGUUCGUGCAUUGAAACCAGCAGCAAAGCUCUUCCUGCCACCUUAUCCAUGGGUUUGCUCCAUUAGGUUGUAAGAAACCAGGACCCCAGUCAUUCAACAGGAGUGUGUAAAAGCUUAGGCAAAAUUUAGGAUGUUUGGAGAGAGGGUGUCCGUACCCUUGCUGCAGAAAAGGGGAAGGUUAUUUAAGAGUGAAAUUUCCCCAUUUGUGCGCAUCCUCCUCCUUUGAUUCCCCGGCAAUUCAGUACCGAACAAGCUGGGAAAUUAAUCCAUGCAAGGGCUGUGGAAUGUCUUUUCUUGAGAGUAC